AACUUUUAUGUAACAAUGGGACCCCACCUUGCCUCCACCUUCACGUGAGUUUCAGUGUCAACAGCACUAGUUCAGGGAUUUACCAGGAUUCAUCUCGAUCUACUUUGGACCUCCAAUUUCAUCGUGAUCAGCUCUAGCAGACUUCAGAAUGCUAACAGGGCACUACGCGAGUACCCUUUUUGAGCGUUGCCACCCUCAGCUGGAGUCCUUGCCCUGCAGCCUGUGAUUCCCUGUAAUUUAAUAUCCUGCCGGAUCUGCCCAUUGAUAUUUAAACGUUUUCCAGCCAUUCAGGUUCAAUUAUCAUGUCUGCUGUGUACUCGUAUGAUGCAGCACGACGUCUUAGCUACAUGGUUGAGCGCACAACCAUGGCUCUGGAUAUUAUACUGAAGGAUAUCAGACCGGAGGUAGCUACUGUUUUUAGUGCUUAUCCUUUCCGUACGCUCGGUCGUUCAUCUUCUCCGCCUCCCCUCUUGGCUGCCUGGCUGCGGGAUUCCGUUUCUCCUUCUAUGGUCGCUGACCAUCUGAUGGAGCUUGAUGAUAGCUACAGCGAUUCUGCCUGGCGGAAGAAAGAGAUAAAGGAAUCUGCAGGAACCGCUUUUGGAGGGGAGCAGACGCCUUUCAGUACAGUCAUUGUGUUGAUGAAUUUCAUGCUAGUGAUGAUUCUCCACCCAGAUACACAACAAAAAGCGCAGAAACUUGUUGAUAGUGUGGUUGGCUCAAAGAGACUGCCGGCAUUCCACGAUCGUCCAACCUUGCAUUACAUUGACGCCAUUUUACGGGAGUGCAUGCGGGGAGCCCAGUUUUCCCUCUUAGUGCCGAUCAUGCAUGCUGCUGUCGAAAGCGACGUUUACAAAGGCGCUACAGUCACCCCGAAUGUUUGGGCAAUGUGCCACAACGAAGAUAAAUACCCAAAUGCGUCUGAAUUCAAUCCUGACCGUUUCCUGAACCCAGACGGUACUCUGACAGACGACACUGUGAGUUUUGUGUGGGGGUUUGGGCGACGAAUAUGUCCUGGUCGCCAUCUCGCUGAAGCUUCUAUAUGGUCCGCCAUGGUCUGUGUGCUUGCAGUUUUCAAUUUUUAUAGGGCCAAAGACGAAACUGGUAGAGAGAUUGAGAUCGAGCCGCGCUGGCAUGGAAGGCUUACUGUACAACCUACGCCAUUCCCUUGUAGUAUCACACCACGGAAUGCGAUCAUGGAUGUCACGGCCUUGCAGCAUUUGAUCAGGGUAUCUGUUUAA